AUGUCUACUCAGACUAAAGUUAAUGCUAAUUCUAUCUAUGGGAAUAUAGCUCGGAAAGAUCAUGAAGCCCACGAAUAUACAUACUAUCCCGUCGCUAUUAUUGGUGCCGGUGAAUCAGGAAUUGCUAUGGGGUGUCGUUUGAAGGAAGUUUUAGGUUUUGAUCAGUUCCGCAUAUUUGAUAGACAAUCAGGAAUUGGAGGGACAUGGUGGAUCAAUCGAUACCCUGGGGUUGCUUGUGAUAUUCCUUCAGUAUUCUAUUCAUUCUCAUUCUGUCCAAAAUAUGACUGGACAUCUUUUCACCCAGGAGGCCCAGAGAUGGUAAAAUACCUCCAGACUGUUUGUGAAAAGUACCAGAUUGUGGAUAAGAUACAAGUCAAUACCGAUGCCAAAGAAGCACGCUGGCUUGAGUCCGAACAAGUUUGGGAAGUAACAAUACAACACUUGAUGGUUGGGGCUGGAGAUUUGAGUGAAGACGAUCGAGCUCUCAAGGCCAAAGAACAAGGCCACAGUGCUGUAUAUACCUACGAAGAGAAGAUUCGAUGUAAGAUCCUGAUCAGUGCUGUUGGUGGUUUAGUUCAACCAAAACUUUGGCCUGAGAGUAUGCCAGGAAAAGAGAAUUUUAAAGGAGAAAUCUUUCACUCUGCUCGUUGGCGAUAUGACGUCGAUCUCAAGGACAAGAAUGUAAUAGUCAUCGGAACGGGUUGCAGUGCGGCUCAACUUGUGCCGAAACUUGCGACAGAACAUGGCGCGAAGUCUGUCACUCAGCUGAUGCAGUCUCCACCGUGGGUUUCACCAAAAGUCAUCCCGCCAUUUGGAGAAACGAUAUGGAAUAAAUGGUCGCCAGCGUUGAAUACCUACAUCCCUGGUUUCAAUAAAUUCAUGCGCCAUUCAUUAGGCGCAGUACUUGAAUAUGAUUUUCGAUUAUUUCGCCCCGGCUCCUUCGGCGAAAAAGAACGUAAGAAGUUGGAAGCUGAGUGUUUGACUUACAUGAGAAGCAGGGCUCCGGAAAAGUAUCACGAGAUCCUGACCCCAAACUAUGGAAUUGGCUGUAAGAGGAGAAUUUGGGAUGCAAACUGGUACUCAUGUCUAAACGAUCCGAAGGUCGAUCUGACAACACUUCCAUUGAAAAGUGUUGGAGAGAAUACCGUGACUUUAGGCCCUGGUCGUAACUAUCCACCUGAGACUAUCACAAGCUCUGCUCCAACCAAUAAAACUAUCAUUCCUGCUGAUGUCAUUGUUCUUGCCAACGGAUUCCAAACAACGAAAUGGUUUCAUCCGCUAAAUGUCCAUGGCAAGGAAGGACAAACAUUGCAGGAUGUGUUUGAACAGAGAGGUGGUCCCCAAAUGUACAUGGGGACCGCAAUGGACGGAUUCCCGAACUUCUUCACCUUGGUUGGUCCAAACUGCUUCACUGGCCACACGUCCGUUAUUUUCACCACGGAGAGUAUGGUAAUACAAGCUCUAAAUUUUAUCAAGCCUUUGCUCAACGGUGAUGUUACCAAAGUAGAGGUGAAGAGAGAGGCGGAAAUGAAAUGGACCGCUCAAAUCCAGUCCACCUUGACAAAGAUGGUGUGGGCGGACACUCGUGCGAAGAAUUGGUACCUUCGCGAAGAUGGUUGGAAUUCAAACACUUAUCCGUACAGCCAGCUCGAUUAUCUUUAUCGUUGUUCGUUUCCAACUUGGAAACACUGGAACAUCACAUACACGCGCAAAGGUAUGGCGAAGAAAUGGUUGAAAAGGACAUUUGUUCUUUUCAUUUCGACGGUGGUUCUCAUCAAUCUUUACAAGAAGAACACGCCUGGGAGUGGAUUGAGUGUGAAUGCGUUUGUCCGAAAAUGGUUCAAACGAGGCCUCUUGGCAACGGCAUAUAUCUUGACAAAGGUAGAAUCGAAUGUACAGUAG